CAACAACACCCGCGUUAUCAUCGAUCAUUAACAUUCUAGCCCAUUUCUUCCAUUGUAUCUCUUAAUCCCUUCCUAUUUUUAGUUCCCGCCCAGCUGUAUGGCGGCAGGACGUGUUGUUUCCCCCUUUUUCUCGGAACCCAUCAAACAGAACCAGAUUUAGAUCUAGCUCUUACGUCAAUGGCUCGAGAUGCCUAGGCUGCUAGGCUUUGGAAGCUGGAAAACGGAUGGGGUUGAUGGCGCCGAUUCAAAUGUCAAGGGCAGCGCAAGCCAGGCAACCUCAUCUCCGGGCACGACACUACUUCCCAGGCCAGUCGCGUCUCUUGUGUCACUCGUAACCCAGUCAACUUCUCUUUCCCUUCGCUUGGGGACUUUCUUUGGUGGAGUUGCUCUUGAUGGGGCAAGAAUAACAACGUUAACGGGCUUGGAGCUUAGUCGCGCCGUUAUUGAGGGCAUUCUGACCAGAGCUGGCCGGGAUGUCGCGAUUCGAAGUAGCGGGGCCCAUGGGAGAGCAGAGGCGGAAUCUAUGCUUGAGAGGAGUAUUGCUGCAUUGCAUACCACUGUGACGUCUGCGUCUUUCUUUGCGGCCGCAACCUUCCACUUUUCAUCCACCACACUCUCGUCUGCCGCCAAUAUGUCCCAGGCCUUGCUUUCAACCCUCGAUGCUAUUCUUGGGUCAACAGAGUCAUCAAGGGCCAUUGCAGCUAUCAUAACCCUCAUCCGCAAAGAGUUCAGAAAUCAAGGCUCCGAGAUUGGCUCCGAGAAAAUCGGCGUUGGCGAUCUCCUAGUGGGUACUGUCGGGUUUGCAAUGCUCCAACGCUGGGGAAGAAAGAAUACAGAAAGGUAUAUACGAGCUAACAGCGGUGAGGAAACUGUAUGGGACGUGGUCAUCUUGGACAAUGGGAUUAGAGCGGAUGUUGUCGAAACACACCAAAUAGACUCCACAGAUGGGACGCAUGAGAAUAUGCGUAAUCUAUCACGUCAAUCCUCCUUUAUGUCCCCAGGAAUUGGGGAGGAGGAGUUCCGUGCUGUGCAGCGUCCGGUGAGCACCCCAGGCACAGCAGAGAACCCUUCCACUAUCCUCCCAGAAAAUCAACACCAGAUAUCAGACGAAGACAUUCACUUGUACAUAAUGAAACAGCUCCCUCAAGGCUGCCGUGCGUCGAUCAGAACUGAUUGGGUAACUGCACGUACAAUAACCGUUGAUGUCUUUGAUGACGACAAUAGAGAAAUUGCUGCUCCGCCUGGUACGAUGAUUGUCGAAGAGAGAUUUCACAACGAUCCUCACAACGGUAGGAGAACUCCGACCGGCUCACACACCCCAAGGCAUACGAUUGUAUUUCGAACAGCAUUCAACAAAACUCAGAGUGCCGAUGUGCGACCCCACUCUAGACAGGUGGUUGGCACAAGUGAGGUAAAUGACGAUCAACAACGUUAUAACCCACAAGGCCUUCAAAAAGUAUCUCUCUCCGAAGCCCCAGACAGCGAAUCCAAUGUCCCAAAUGGCAGCCUAGAUAUUGUGAUAAAACAACCUUGGCCAGAUGUCAGCAUGCAUCUUCAGAAGCAACAUCGCGCCGAGGCAAGCGAUGCCUUUAAAGAAAACUACGCGGCUUCAAAAAGCGGAUUCACCAAGAGUUCACUGACCAAGAUCGCUCAAAAGGUGAAGCCGAUUACGAGGGAAAAGAAUGAGCUUAGCAAACGGCCAUCAGUACGUCCGCCCUUUGAUAGGUCCAAUACGCAACCUUCCCCUGGAAACUCAAUCCAGCGUAGUAAGGCAUAUAAAGGAUCUACUACUGAAAGGAAAGUACCAGCUCAGGCUCAAGCUAGCAAAUCAGUUACGCAGGCAAGGCCUGGAAAACUAUUGGUGCCUUCCAAGACCGCACCUUCGUCCUCUGUUGCGAACAGAGGCGUCCCAAGGACACCACUUCAAGAUGCUCGAAUCCGACCGAGUUCCCCAGAACCAUCCUCACAUCGCACGAAUAAAUGUGAUCCCAAUCAUGGAAGAGGCCCAAGAGCCGGAUAUUAUCAAGUCCACGAAAAAGAAUCAUACAUGGCGCGGACAGAUGCUUACUCUCUCUCUCGCGACUCUCGCUGUUCUUCACCAAAAGCAACCAGGACUCAUGUUCGCAGUAGCAGCUCGUUAUCACUCACAAGAUCUGAGACGGAGACAACAGUGACACUGCAUAACGAUACUCGACAAAACCCUUCGUCUUUCUACCAAAGAUCCACGUCCUAUUCAUCUAGUAUAUAUUCUCUCGCCACAGCAGGAUCAGAAACUUCUCUUGUACUCGCACACCGCUCCUCUAAGAGUGCAUACGAUGACACUUCUAUAAUUCAGGCCCUCAAUCGGGAUGGUCUUGUCCCGGGAAUCUUCCCCCAGAAACACUUUGUUCAAAACAUACGACGUUUUUGCCGAUUCGCCUCUGCAUCGUAUGGCUCCAAUGCUUUAAAGGUAAUGGGUGUGCCACAGGCGCCUAAGAUUGUUAAUUUGGAGGAUAUUGGUAGCCAAGAGCACAGCGACUUCUCAGGCCAUACGGGACUGCCAGCUUCAACCAUUCUACUUUCAUCCUUUGUCGAUCCUGAGGGUGGCUCCAACGCAGCAGGGGAGACGGAGAACGGAUUUCCUCUGGUCCAUUAUCUCUUUCUAGACCAUGAAUCGAAAGCUGUUGUCCUUGCGCUUAGAGGCACGUGGGGCUUCGAAGACGUUCUCACAGAUAUGACAUGCGACUACGAUGAUCUUGAAUGGCAGGGGAAAAGCUGGAAGGUCCACAAAGGAAUGCAUGCGUCUGCAAACCAUCUUUUGAUGGGAGGAGGAAAAAGAGUCAUGAUUACGAUCAGAGCCGCGUUGGAGGAAUUCCCAGAAUACGGGGUCGUCCUAUGUGGCCAUUCACUCGGGGGAGGCGUGGCAGCGCUCCUGGCAACCAUGAUAUCUGAACCCGGCAAUGAGGCUUCAAGGACAUCGUUCACAACAACUUCAUACUCUAGCAAGCAGUUUAUGCUCCGAGGUGGAAAAGCAGAGGAUGAGAGCCACUCUGCCAUUUACCUACCCCCUGGGCGUCCUAUCCAUGUCUACGCAUAUGGGCCCCCUGCGACCAUGUCGCCAUUUCUACGACGCGCAACGCGUGGAUUAAUAACGACAAUUGUGAAUGGCCAAGAUGUGGUUCCCAGCCUUUCCUUGGGAAUCCUACAUGAUAUGCACACUGCGUCAGUGGCGUUUAAAAGUGAUGUUUCUGACGCCAAAUCACAUGUACGUUAUCGUGUCUGGGAAAGCUUACGACAAAGUAUAUUGAACAAAUUUUAUGUUCACGAGACACCUAUACUCUUGCAUGCUGGAGAUGGUCUGGGCGAAGAUGCAUGGGCGUGGAAAACCCUAAAAACUCUGCGUGAAAGCAUGUGCGCUCCUAAACUAGUACCUCCUGGCGAGGUGUUUGUCGUCGAAACCAUGCGUGUUCUGCAGCGAAACGCCUUCACCUCCGAUUCAGGCGAAGAUGGCUAUCCGCGACUGGGAAAACCUGCGACAAGGGUGCAGUUAAAGUUCAUCCGAGAUGUCGAAACUCGGUUUGGAGAGCUCAAGUUCGGUUCAGGAAUGUUCAGCGACCACAACCCAGCAAGGUAUGAAGCUAGCCUUGCUGGUCUUACACGAGGUAUUCUGGAUGAAUAACAAGUGAUGAAUCCGUUUUUGGAAAUAGGAUAGGGAUGUUGCAUCAAGGUUAUCAUUGCUACCCUUAUUGGGAUCGCGCAAGUGAUGUAUGUAGACCUGUAUUUACUUUUUUUAAUAUAUACAACAUCUCGAUUAGAGAUAGACUAGAAGAAUGAACAUC